AUGACACCCAUGGGGAGCUUCAUCAGACUAAGCUCUACUCAUCCAGAGCUUUCCAUAUUUCAUACCACGGAGAACCAAACAGGCAAGGACCAUGCAGUGGGCACAGCUACCACAGCACAACAGCACACCAUCAAGCAAGUCCAGAUUCGGCCACGGAGCCAUCAACCGCCAGGAAGGCUAGGGGAACUCCGUCAGGUUCUAAUGCAGAUGACCAACUCCAGGUCUGACUUAUCCACCCAACUGGUGCUGAGUGAAGAACAGAAAUUACAGGUGAUCCUUGCAGGGCUCAGGGAAGGGAUGAUACAAGAGUACCAAGGAAAGCCAGAUACCACUAUUUAUAAGGAACUCAUCGACCUCCAAAUCGAAACCAAUCGUUUGAAGGAGCAAUAUGAGAUGGAAAGCUUUGAGCUCAAGUCUGAGAUUUUAACCCUGGAAAAUAGAGUCCUAGAUCUGGAACUGACUAGGGAGAAAGCUGGUUUUGAGCAGGCAGAGUUGAUAGAGCAGCUAAAAAUCAUGGAAAUCAAGCGUCAGGAGCUGUCAGCUGCCUACAACAGCCUCGAGAGCAACUACCAGGCUCUGGCCAAGCAACAUGAACUUGAGGUGCUCCGGGGUAAGGAGCUGAGCCUGGAGCUGUCUAUCUUAUCCAGGAAAAAACAGCCUUUUGCAGCCUGGCAAGAACCAUCAUCUUCCCAAGCCUCACAGCUUUCAAUAAUUACUGGGAUAACAGCUGAGCUAGAAAGAAUCAGAUCUAUGGUACAAGGGUUCACUCACCAGAAACUCAAGAUAGAAGACAUCAGUGACUCUGAGCAGGACCAGAAGAAGAUGGAGAAGAAGGAAUGGCCACAGUCGCUGAUCAAUCAAGAGAACAUUCUGGAAGAGACAGAAAAGAAGAAACUGCUGCAGAAUACUCAUCAGGAAAAGUUGGAAGAGAGAAUGACAGAGCUGGGGAGGGAACUCCAAAAUGCCAAACAGGAGAUUGGUGACACGCAGUACAAGUUUGCAGAGCAGUCUAUGGCACUGACCACUUCCCAAAAGGAGCUUCAAGAAAUGGGGAUGGAGAAUUCCAAACUGCAGCAGCAGUUGAAGAUGAUGAAUGAGGAGUAUCGUAUCAGGCUUCUGUACUAUGCGAAGAACAUGGCUUCUUUCAUGGACAGCACUACAAUGGACCACCAAGGGCCUCAACAGACACAAGCUGCAGAAUCAGGGACAAUGAAGAAACUGUUGGAUGGAAUGUUAAAUGAUAUGCAGGCCUCAAACCGAAGUCGAGAACAACAACUGGCCAAGGUCGCCCGGAACUAUAAGAAGAGGAUGGACAACCUGAUGCAGAAGCAUGAGAGUCUGCUCAAUGCCUACAGGGUCCAGAGGGAGCAGAUUAAGGCCCAGGGUGGUCCUGACAUGGAACCUGGUCCUCCGGAAGCCUACUUCAUCAUCGAUGACAUUGAUCUUCAGUCCAGCCCAACCCAGGAACUCAACAAACUUCGUGAAGACAAGGCUCGACUAGAGAUUCAAAUUCAGGACCUUCAGGCCAAGAAUAGAUCCAACAAAGCUUCUGAAAUGGAUACAUCUUUCCCACAGGAUGCAGUGGUCUGGGACAAAAUCCAGAAGCAGCUUCAAGAGUUCACCCAAAACACUCAGGCAAAGCUAGAAGAGGAGCGGAGCCAUCUUUGGAGCCGGGCCUUAGUGGCAGAGGAACAACUCUCACAACUGCAAGAGUAUGUGAACAAACAUCUAGGCAGGUACAAGCAGGAGAUCCUGAGGCUGAGGAAGCUUCUGGGGAAUGAGUCCUCACAGUCUGCUGAAACCACAGUUUCCUUAAAUGCCCAGAGCCAAAGUACCAUCAACCACUAGCUAUGUCUGUUGAACCUAUUCCCAAGAAACCA